UUUCGCACCCAAUUUAAAUUAUUUAUGUAAUUUUUUGUACGUGCUGUAUUUUUAGUAUUUGGUUGUCCGCGAAUGACUGAACGAAAUACACGGUGAUAUGAAAAUACAUCUUCUUGACCCUGAUGUUGUCAAGAAAUUGAGAUCUGAUUUAUCAUUCAUUAGUGUGUCACAUUGUGUUGAAGAAUUAGUGUGGAAUUCUAUAGAUGCAGGAUCUACAUGCAUUGCUGUGCGUUUAAACCUGCCAUUUUAUAAAAUUCAAGUGAUUGAUAAUGGCAAUGGCAUACCUCCAGAUCAAAUGGUUCUGGUGGGGAAAAGGUAUGCUACAAGUAAAUGUCAUUCAUUGGAAGACCUUCAAAAUCUCCAGUAUGGUGGGUUUAGAGGUGAAGCUCUUUCCAGUUUAAAAGAUGUCGCUUCAAAUUUGAUGAUAGAAUCUCGUGCUUCUGGGUGUGAAGAAACAUAUUGCAAAAUAUUUAAUUAUGGAAAAGCUGGUACCCCUACAAUCUCUAUCAGUCCUAGGCCAAGCAAAGGUACAACUGUUACUGUCUUUGAUUUUAUGUACAAUAGACCAGUCAGAAAGAAUGCUAUUUCUGAAGCAAUAGAUGUGGAAGAUACCUGUAAAGUUUUGCAAAGUAUUGCAUUAGUUUAUCCUGAUAUAUCCUUUUCAUUGCUAAAUGAAGCUACAGGGGAUAUGUGUCUGCAAUUCAAAAAAUGUACCUCAUCAUAUUUUGCAUUCAUUCAGCUAUUUGGUCAGGAAAGAGCCAAAAAUUUAAAAUCAUGCAAUCAUCAAGAGGGUAACUACAAAAUUUCAGGUUAUAUUAGUACUGAUUGUUUCUCUUCCAAAAAUUAUCAGUUUUUGUAUGUUAAUAGACGUCUUACACUCAAAACCAAGCUUCAUAAAUUAAUCAAUAAUUUAUUAAGCAAAGUAUUUGGUGGGAAGAAGUCAGAAUGCAAUGCUCCAAUUCUUCCUUCACCACAAAUGCUCAGCCCAUCGAGAAAUCAAUAUUGCUGUUUUAUUUUAAAUAUAAGUUGUCCGAGAAAUGUUUAUGAUAUAAUUUUCGAUCGUAAAAGAACUAUGGUGGAAUUUUCUGACUGGGAGAAAGUCACAAAAUUAGUGCAAGAUGCUAUUGUAAGUUUUUCAUCAACAGAAGGAUUAUUUUCUAAUUUACCUGUGGAAACCAACAAUUUACUUUUAAAUGAAGGUGAUAGUGUCAAUCCAAAUAGUCGUUUUUUGAAUCUCGGAAUAGAUAAUUUUCGUAAUGGACUUUUUUCAAAUGCUGUGAAACGAUUAGGUGUUGCUACAGAAGUUUCAGAAAUUCCUAAUUCAGAACUGUUAAAUAAAGAAGAUAGUGGUGAAGAAUAUAUCAAAUCUCAGUUAAAUCUUCAAAGCGAAAUUAAUUCACAAGAUUUACCAAAGAACAACAAAAAUAUUCAUACUGUACACUUUAAUGAGAAAUCAACUUUAAAUAUUAAAAAUGGUUGUAAUGGAAGUCAAACAAUAAAUCAUAAUAAAAUAAGUUCUCCUAAAAGAAAUUUUAUAUGCCUUAAAAGUUCAGAAACCUCUACUCUUGAUAACUUAAGACAAAUCGAUAAUAAAUCGAAAAUACCGGAUUUAAAAACUAAUGAAGACUUCUCUGCAUCUCCUUCAACAUCAAUAUUUGAAUCUCAUUCUAAUAUCCCAUGUAAAUCGGUAUUUCCAACACAAAACCCAAUUAAGUUAACAGUUCCAAUGAAAAGCACCUUAUCGAUGCUCGAAAGGGAAAGGAAAUGCUCAGAUGCUUUACAAAAAUUAAAAGAGAAAUAUUUAUUUAUGCCAAAAAAGAACAAAUUAAUUCCUGGCAAAUCUGAAAAGUUAAUUACUUCUUCAAUUAAAAUCAAUUCAACGUUGAGCAAUAACUUUAAACCUGCUGUUAACACAGUUCAAUCUCCCAUUCUUCAUAAUGAAAUAAAUGAAAAUAAAUCAAAAGGAACUACAUUGCCAGAAAAACAUGUAGACUCUACUUUAACAGUUAAUAAAAGUAACAGUAGAAUAACAUCUAAGUAUGCAUUUAACAAAGAAACAACUUUGUCACCUUUGAAACGUUUACGCCGUGCUAAGAGUUCAAAAACGAAGGUUCAAAUGUUACCAGUGAAUGAAUCAGGUGAUAAAAGUAAUUGUCCUACUAAUAAUGUUACUAAUGAAACUGAAUUUUUUGUUGAUUCUAAAGUACAUAAUCCUCUGAAGUCGCACUUAAAAGAAAAAAAGUCAAAGAUUUCAAGUUUGCAAUGUUUACAAACUUUUAAUAAUGAAAUUAAUUCACACAUGACUACAAAAAAGAAAGCUUUGUUUGAUUCUGAUUAUCAGAAUCCUAUUGACAAUAAUCGAACUACUAAUUUAUCUCAAUUUGGCAAUUGCAAUCCAUUUUUAAAUACCUUUCAUAGUUCUAAACAAUCAACUUGUUUAAAGAAUGAGGAAAUGGUAUAUAACUGUGAUGAAAGUAACUCAUGUCUGAAAAAUUUUCAAGAUUGUGCUGAGCCAUCUUUAUCACCAUCAGAAUUAUCUCUAAAUGACAAGAGUCCUUGUGAAAUUAUUAAUGAUGAAAUGUUAUCUAAAAUGUUUACUACUAAACAAUUUCUACAAGACUCCAAAAUUAUAAGAAUUAAUGACAUAACUGUCCAUGAUAUAAAGCUGCAGAGUGAUCUUGAAAAGGCCAAUGAUUUUACAGAGCUUACUACAUUUAGUCCAAGUGUUUCUGAUGAUUGUGACAUUGAGAAAUUUGUAUCCUCAGGAGAAUUGGAUUCUUUUAACAACAGAAAGUGUACUAUCUCAAAUAGUCAAAAUGAUUUCUUGUCAAAUCCUCAUCAAAAUGCAACUAGUUAUGAUGAACUUCAGCAGGAUUCAAAGGCAAUGAAAAGUGCCACUCUCAUGAAUUGCAAUGCACUAACUGACAAUAUUUCACCUGAAAGCUGUUCAUCUUCUGUUAGUUUAUCUGAUGUUGAUAUAAGUAUUGAUAAAAAUUCUCCAGCUUCUUGGCCUCUUCAGCUUGAGAGUAUUAAACAUCCAUCUAGAGUAUCUCCAGAAAAUUCUAGCAUUAUAAAUUCCCCUUGUAAAUUUCAGAUGAUUGAUAAAGUGAAUGUUGUUUCUGAAACAGAUAGCUCAAAUGCAGUCUUGGAGAUGAACAGAGCAGAAUCUGACUCUUUAUCAUCCAGGAUUUCUAUUAUCAUAGAUCAGGAAGCACUGAAACAUUCUGUUUGUGAUCCUGAUGAUGACAAAACGAAUUUUUCAACUAAAGAUCAAAAUAUUUUAAAUGAACAGUUUAUAUCUCCAACUAAGUUUUUAAAAAAAACAGCAAACUCUGAUAAAAAAGAAUGUUUAGAACUCAUAAAUUCUCAUUUUAUCUCAAUUCCGAGUUUCCGGUCUAUUGGUGAGGAAUUUACUUUAAGGGAUGAAUUAGAAGAAUAUAUAAAUGAGAGUAAUAGCCCUGCUAAUACAUCAUCAGUUUCAAAUUUUAAGUCUAUAGAUGAGGAAUUUAUAUCAGAACAUAAAACAGAAGAGAAGAUAAAUUAUGAGAAUGAAUCUGCUAGUAAAUCAUCUCUCAGACAUGAAGAGAAUAAACUCACUAAUGAAUCAUCUAUUGAUAUUAGCUGUGCAAAUGAUUCUCAGACCAAAAGUCCCAUUAUCAAUUGCUUAUCAUCUGGGACUGAAAAAUCUUUUUUUAAUGAUAAUACAGAAUCAAACAUAAACAAAUCAACAUUUUGCAUACCUGUACAGGGCAAAUCUGCAGGAAAUAGAUGGAUCUGUAAAGUUAAUGAAAAUACCAAACAAGUUGCAUAUAUUAAUUCAGUUACUGGAAAUUCAACAUAUUUUCCACCUGGCUCAUCACCACAGGUUGAAAACAGAAGAAUUACUGCAAUUGAAGACUUAAGCAUAGAUCAUAAUAAGAAGGCUCAUUUCUUUCUUACCCAUGAUUUCUCCCCAUUUGUAUCGGAAUUUUCUUCAGAACUUCCAUCUGCUGAUGAUGAAAUUUGCGAUAUGCAAAUUGAUUUGGAUAAUCAUAUUGAACAAACAGAAAAUAAUGACUGGCAUAGGAAAUGGAGAUAUCCAGUAAAAGAUAAUGAGACCAAUGAUAAUUCUGAAAACAUCCAAAAUAUGUUUAAAGAAUGGGAAAAUCCAAUCUUUCAAAAUCCACCUGAAAUAAACAGUUUGGAAAAAAGUCAAGUUUCUAUGCGUAUUCCCCAUAUGUACAUUUUAAAUUCUUAUCGCUUUACUCAGAAUUGUUUAAACAGCAUGAAGGUUAUUGGACAAGUAGACUGUAAAUUCAUUGCAUGCAUUAUGGAAGAUUUCAGUAAUAAUUCAAAAAGCGAAAAGUUAUUAGUGUUAUUUGAUCAACAUGCAGUUCAUGAAAGAGUGAGAUUAGAAGAAUUAAUUGAAGAUCUUUAUGAAAUGAAAGAAAACAAAAAGGUCAUUAAGACUGUGCCUGUAAGUGAUUCUUUAAAUGUGACCUUCGAACCAGAUGAGAUGCGUCUGCUACGCUCAUACCACUUGUCCUUGAGAGAUAUAGGAUUUGAAAUUAGUUUUCAAGGUGACGAAAAUACUGUUAGUGUGUACUCCCUUCCAUCAUGUCUAGUGAAUCCCACCAAUAAUCAACCAAGAAAAGGAAUCUCUGCAACUUCUACUUUAAUAGAGAAGAUAAUCAAGGAAUGGUUAAAUUCUUUAAUGCAAACUAGGAGUACCUCUAAUAUUUUGCCAAAGACUCUCAAUGCUGUUCUCAAUUCACAAGCUUGUAAAGGUGCUGUGAAAUUUGGGGAUCCAUUGGAUUUAUCACAGUGUGAACUCUUAUUAGCUGCCUUAUCUACAUGCAAAUUGCCUUUUCAGUGUGCUCAUGGUAGACCAUCAAUAACUCCUAUUUUAGAUCUAAAUAAAAUCAACUUACUUAGUAAAAAGGUAUUUUAUUUUGGCAUAGAGAGAGACACCAAAAUUAUGGAAGCUGCAUGGAGUACUGGAAAGUCAGUGAUAUUUUAUUUCAUCACAUUUAACACUUGAACUAUAAACUGAUUCAUUACUUCUAAAGUGGAAAUAUUAAAACAAGAUAUAUUGUAAAUAUUUUAAUUCAACAUUUGAUGCUGUGAAUGGAGAAACUUGUAAAUAGUUUCUGCUUAUGAAGUCAAUUUUGACUUAAUGCAAAAUUUAAUGUAAAAACUAUUUAUUUUACACAAUUCUUUGACUUUGUUAUAUACUUUCUAGUCAUGUUAAGCAAACUGUGAUAUACUUUCUAUUAGUUUUUAUUGAAAUCAUUUUUUUACAGUAUUUAUUUUAGCUGAAUAUAUUUUUCUCAAUGCACUGAUUUAUUAAAAAUUAUUGACUGAUUAUUUUCAUAUAGACUAGAUGUUACAAAUAUAUUUUUUUGGCAGUCGAGAUGUUUAAGUUUGAUAUUAAUAAUGGAUUUAAUAUUACUAAAUUUUGGUAAAGAAAAUCAUUGUGUGCAGAUUUAAAAAAAUCAUUGUAUAUAUUGUAAAUUUUUAAAUAAUAUUCAUUGAUCAUCAACCAUUAUUCCAUGCUGAAACCAGAACUUCUCAAAAUAGUAGCUAUCUGAAUUGGAAUGGAUUCUGAUUUUUUUUCAAGAUAUUUAAAUAAAAAUAGUUAAGAAAAAUAACUUGAUUUCAAAAAUUUCUAAUUAAAUAUUUUAAUUAAAAUGAAAGCUCUGCAGUUUUUAUCUGUUCUGAAAACAGUUUAAGAAGGCCUGGUUUAUAUCCUGUAAUAAACAACAAUGCUAAAAAUGUGCAAGUGCAUGACAGCUAAUUGUUGUCCUUCAUUCUUUAAAAAAAAAAAAAAAAGUUUACAUGAGCCUCUUAGAAAUCAAAGUACUCAAGAAUAUCUUUUACAUUCUAUCAAAAAGGCACCCUUACAACUAUAUUUAAGUGUAUUACUUGGCAUGCUGCAUUUAAUUAUUAAUUUCAUAAUAUGCAACUGCUACCUAUACAUGAAAUCUAUACAUACCCAUCAAAAAUAAUAUUCAGCUUUUUUAGUGAAAAAGUUUAUUAUUGUAUAAGUUAAUAACAUGAUUAAAAGUUUACACUUAUUUUCCCCAUUAGAUAUUGGAAAAUUCAUUCGAAUAAAUAAAUCCUCACAAAACUGCUAUCUGCCUAAAAGUUUUUGAAGCUUUCUCAUCAAAAGAAUCUGCUCCCCUCCACUAAUACUUAAAAAAAAAAAAA